CUAGGUUUGUCUAGAGAAUCUACAAGUUCGGUGGAAUAUGUUAGCUGUAGGUUCUGACAGCAGAUCUUAGUGUUGUUCGCAGUGAUUGACUAUGAGUGUGGUAGUGGUUGAGUUUUCGAAAAUUGGGAUUGUGACAUGAUGGUUGGUGGUUAUUUAGGUCUCAAGGACAUGUGCGGGGAAGACUUGAAACGUCACCAGAGCGACCUUAAGAUCCUGGAUCAGUCACGGUUGAAUCUUUGCGACGGCAAUCUCUCCUCUUUGAACAGUAUGGGCAGCAAUUCCGGUAGCGAUGGCGACAAACCGUCAAAACAAAAGAGGCACAGGACGAGAUUCACCCCUGCUCAGCUCAACGAACUGGAGAGAUGUUUUUCAAAAACGCACUAUCCUGAUAUUUUUAUGAGGGAAGAGAUCGCCAUGAGGAUAGGACUGACGGAAUCUAGAGUGCAGGUUUGGUUUCAAAACAGACGAGCGAAAUGGAAGAAGAGGAAGAAGACCACCAAUGUGUUCAGGACUCCUGGAGCUCUUCUACCGUCACAUGGACUGCCUCCUUUUGGAGCUAUGGGGGAUGGUUUGUGCGGUUCGGGCAUGUUUAGUAGUUCUGAAGCCCGAUGGGGUGUUGCUGGAGUAGCAACAGGUCUGGGUCAGCUUGGUCAGGGUUCGGUGUCCAUGGGCGGUUUUGGCCAAUCUCUCGGCCAACUCAAUCAAACUUCUGGACUGAGCUCUUCCCUUCCCAUCAGCACCGCUAAUACCGUUUACCAAGCCCAUUAUGGGCUCAAUUCGUUAGGUGAUACCAUGAUGACAUAUUGCAACAACGGAGCAACAGCGGGGGGCAGCGCCAUAGGAGGCGGAGGCAACGGCGGUGGCGGUGGCAACGGUGGUUCCCCGCCCCCGCAGAUCUCGUGCAGCAGCGCGGCGACCCCGCCAGUGGCGUCCGUCGCCUCUUCGACGGACCAGGAGGAGGACAUUUGGAGGGGGCACAGCAUAGCGGCGCUGCGACGGAGGGCGUCGGAGUUGAACGCCGCCAUACCGUCGUAUCUCCAAAUCAAUUACGACACUCACAAUAACGCUUCUGUAUAUUAGUUCCGUUGUCUCGAUCGAUUUUUUUAAGGUUCGUUGGACCGGGGAGGGGAGGGGGGUGAGUUUUUUCUCGGACGUUUACCUGCUGAUGGUGCGGGUUUUUAAUCAUCGACUUGUGGAGAUAUGGAAGUUUUUCGUUGUAUGGACUUUUUUUCCUCUUCGUAGUUUGUUGAAGGACAUAACAGAAUGAUGAUGAAGUAUAAAUGGAACUCAAGACACGAAUAUUGAAAAUAUUACAAAAAUUCUGUGAACAAAACUUGGUGAUAAAAGCAUAUUUCAAUAUUAAGGCGAUAUAAGCAUAUUUAUAUGCCUGGAAAUACAAUUUCAAAAUAGACAUAAAUUAAAUUUAAAAAAUUUCGCAAAGAUUUUGAUGUCAAUAACAAUCAUUGUUUCGCCAACAUUGUAGGUUUUUCAGGUUUAUUCUACAUUUCGGACAGAGCUUGUAAUAAUAUCGAUAAAAAUAUUUUCAAUUUAAAUUAAUUGUUGAGGGUAGUUUUUCAUUAACUCACGUCAAUAAUACAGGGUGUUCCUAAAUUGAAAGUUGAAAGGAAAAUGAAAGAUUCCUUGGAUCAUUUUAAGGAAAACCUGGGCCAGCAAAGGUCUUGAUAAAAAGUGUUUCUCGUAGUCCUCCUUUUUUGUGGUGAUUAAAUUAAUUUUUUCCAUCUUCAUUAAUUUUCGCUACAAAUUGAGUAAAAGUACCAAAACUUACUUACCAUCAAAAAUCAUUCCUAACCUAAACUAUAUUAGGUUAGGUGAGUCAGGAAUGAUUUUUGAUGAUUUUUAUGAUAGCCAACUAUUUUUUAUACGGAUUUCCACGAUUCUUUCUCAAAAUAAAAAUUAUUAAAUUAUAAGUUUGUCAUCAUCGGAAAAAAAUAGUUCGCCAUCAUUAAAAACCAUCAAAAAUCAUUUCUAUCCUUAUCUAAGAGAUAUUAGGUUAGGCCAGGAAUGAUUUUGGAUGGUUUUAAUAAUGACCAACUUGUUUUUAUGCAGAUUUACAGGAUUAUAAUCAAAUUAAAAAAAAAAUUAAUAAAUUUUUCGAAUUGUUUUUGAGAAUAAUGUAAUCAAUAUUUAUAUUUCAGAUAUUUUCAAUGGUGAACGUAUUUUGAAUUCACCAUUUUCAUAAUGUUUCUUCAAAGAUUCUCACCCACCCAGCACAUCUGUUCACUUCCUAUCCUUAUCCCGUUUAAUAAAUCUGCAUAAAUACUAGCUUUAGGAUAGGAAUAAUUUUCGUUCGUAACCUGAAAAAUCCAUAGUUUUGGCGAAGCAAUUGUUGUUAGAAUUGAAAUAUUUGUAGAAAUCAAUUUGAUGUAUUUCAUGCGAUUAGAAAUUUUCAUCAGGACAAGGACCGAAUUCAUGAUUGACAUACUUUAUACAACCGAAAGUAAAAAUAAAAUUGUUAAAACUACAAUUCAGGAAAAUUGCUAAUAAAUUGAAUAAAUAAAGAAAGAUGACGAUUGACUUAAUGACUAUCGAAGUAAUUUCGCAGAUGAAUAUUUUCAAAUUAAUAAUAAUUUGGUCAUUUCAGAAAUUGUUUCUGUAAGCCAAUAAAUAUCUCAAAAAUAAGGGUAUCUGCUCAAAGGCUGAAAUUUAUUUAUUUAGCGUAUGGCAAAAGGCUGAAAUAUUUUCAAUAUUUAUCUCGAAUCACCUUUAUCAAAGCAACUGAAUUUAUAAAGAGAAAUGAAAAUCUUCACUUAUUAAUUACCAGAAAAUUCGAUUUUUAUAUUGUGACCUACUACCAGAAACGAAAAAGAAGAAUUGUAUCCACACCAACCUGAAACAAGAACUUUUGUGAUUACUCAGAGAUCAUUCGCAAUGUUUCUUAUGUCUUAAACAUUGUAGAAUGAUUAUAUUUCCGAAAAAAUUUAAAUUCAUACAAAAAUUGUAUUUGAUGAAGUUCAUAAUAAUGUCAUGAUAUAGGAUGUAUCACUAA